AUGAAUGUUAUUUACAUAAAUACUAAUCAAAAAAACGCAAAAAAAAUUAAUGCGGUGUGUACAAGAAAAUACUCUUCUAGGACGUUUUUACCUCAUAUUGCCCGGGAACACUUUUCAGAUAGCUUCACACUUUACUGUGUCGGAAUCGGUAUUCUCCAAAUGAUCCCAUCGGUAUUUUCACAAAUCAAACACUACUGUAUAAAGGUUUUUAUAAAGCUGUUUCAUCAAAUUAUAACAGUGACGUACAGUAUACCCACAAUGUGGAUACCAUGGUUACAAAUCGUCCUACUUGUUAUAUAUUUUGAAAUGUAUGCUGACAUAAAGAGGCAUGGUCAAGAUGAAAAAGAGAAUUUUCGUCAAACACGAAAACUACGUUAUACACUACAUGACACUGUUGAUUUAAAAAAGGAAGGGCUAAAAAAAAAAAGUACAACUGUAGUUUCUAUUGUAUAUUGGAAGGACGUCAGCGUUGGAGAUGUGAUUAUUUGUAAAAAUUCUGAAAUUAUUCCAGCCGAUUUAUGCUUAAUUGCGUCAAGCCAUGCGGAUGGCUGCGCCAUGUUUGACAGCUCAUCUCUAGAUGGUGAAUGUGAAUUAAAACGUCGUCGAGUUCCAUCCGAAAUAAUUGAACAUGGAUUUGGUACCGCAGAAACUGUUCACGAAUUAUGUGGAAAACUUAUAUGUGAUCCACCAAACGUCAAUCUUAAUGUUUUCAACGGAGUAUAUAUCAUUACAAAGUCAGUUAGUGAUGAAAUUCACAAGGAAGAAGGUAACCUGAUACAGUUCCCUUUUAAUUUGGAAAACAGUGCUUUUCGAGGAUAUAAGUUGUGUAACACUCAUUGGAUUGCAGGGGUAGUUAUAUAUGCCGGCGAAGAUACAAAGGUUUAUAAAAGUCACCCUGGGCUAGAUUCGAAAAUGAGUAUUAAUGAUAUCCAAUAUAAAAAGUACUGCGAGACGUCUUUAGUUUUUCUUGUGUCUGUAUGUCUACUUUACACGUUAUCAUGGAUUUAUGUCAACAUAGACCUGGAUAGUGCGGAUAAACCUUUUUUUCUUGUGUUGUCUUUUCUUAAAAAAGCUUUGUAUCACUUCGGUUCUUGGAUUGUUCUUACUGCAAAUUUUGUUCCCGUUUCCGUUUAUGCUUUUUUAAAUUGCAUUCGACAAGGCCAAGCGUUUAUAAUGGAAAGAAAUUUCGAUUCACCUAAUCCUCCAGAAAGAAAACACGUUAUUGUUAACAAUCACAAAUUAAAUUCGGAUUUAGGUCAAGUUGAGUAUAUAUUCGCUGACAAAACAGGAACGCUAACUCAAAACUCUAUGGAGCUAAAAUGCUUAUGUAUUUCUGGUGUUGAUUACCAGAGUACACUCCCUAAACUUACAAACGUCCCUCAUGUGUCUGUACACAAUGCUGACCUGAGUCGAAACAUAGCGGAAAUGAAUCGGGACAUUUGGGACUUUUUCACGCAACUUGCAGUGAAUCAUUCCGUUGUCAUAAACCAAUGUUUACUUAAUAGUGGUUUGGUUCCUCAUACGUCGAUUUUUACUUCAUCAUCUGCUGAUGAAGAAGUUUUAGUGUAUACUGCCUUAAAUUUUGGUUUUGUUUUUAUGAAAGAAUUGAACUCUCAACGCUAUAUCGCAAGACCAGAUGGAUCAUGCAUUACGAUAAACGUUUUAGAAUGUUUAAACUUUACACCCGAGAGGAGACGAAGUUCUGUCUUAGUUCAAUGGAAAGAAAAUAGUGAAACUACAUCAACCUCACGCAUUGUUCUAUUCAUUAAGGGCUCUCAAGAAUCAAUUUACAAACGAUUGAAAAAGGAAGAAAGAUAUGAUUUAAUAACCGAAAAUACAUUACGACACAGUUUAAGAUACGCAACGGAGGGGCUUAGAGUAUUUUUUUUUGCUGAACGAAUAAUCCCCCAGAGUUUUUUAGACGUUUGGCUAUGCAAGUAUCGGAAGGCUAAAGAGGAAUCGGAUGUAACGACUGUUGAUGAACUUGUAGAAAACCUUGAAUGCGAGUUGCAUCUUUUAGGAUGUGUGGGAAUGGAAAAUAAACUUGUUGACAAUGUGUGUGAAGCAGUAGCACAACUGAAAGCUGCAGGAAUAAAAAUAUUUAUGCUGACGGGAGAUAAAUUAGAAACUGCAACUAAUAUAGGCUUCCAAACAGGAAUUCUUUCGAAAUGUAAACCAUUAAUCUACCUUGACGACGCAGAAACUAUAUAUAAUCAAAUCCGUAAUUUUUUUUUAAUCAAUCCCUUAUUAAAAAACUUUUUCGAUAAUCCUGUAAAAUUAUCUCCGACCGUUUUGCGCAACGCAUUUACGAAACAUGACACAAAUUUCGUUAUAGAUUGUAUGGCUAUAAAUCACAUCUUAGAAACCGACUCAUUACUUUUAGCUGGAUUACUUUGCGUAUCAGAAGGUGCUGUCCUAGCUCGUGUAACUCCACAACAGAAAUCUGAAAUCGUUGUAGCUCUUCGUAACUACUAUCGCAAUGAAGUCAUUACCUUAAGUAUUGGUGAUGGAGCAAAUGAUUGUAUGAUGAUUAACAGCUCAAACAUUGGUGUAGGGUUACCAAAUGUGAACGGAUAUUAUACCUUUAGUGUAUUGGACUACGGCCUUUCAUCUUUUUGUGACUUACCUUCAUUAAUACUUGUUCAUGGACGGAUGAACUAUUACCGGAUAAUAAAAUUUAUUAUGCAUUCAAUUAGUCAAAUCAUUAUUAUUACCCUACCACAAUUGGCAGUGGGAUAUGUAUCAUUAUUAUCACCUCAAAAAAUGGUUUCGACGACUCUUUAUCUACUAGCAACUCCCUUGUUUUCAUCUUUGCCGCUGUUACUGUUUGCACUAUUUGACUGUGCUACUACAAAUAAACACGAGCAAAAUUGUCCGCAGAAAUAUAUGCAGAAUUAUUUUUACUUUGAGAAGAAUUCAAAAUAUUUCAUUUUUUUUUUUCUUGAUUCUAUUUUAUCUGGGUUUCUAGCGUUUAUUAUACCAUUUACUAUUAUGGACUCCAUAUUUGUUGAUAGAAACGGCAGGCCGACCAAUUUUUGGAUCGUUGGUACAACUUCCUUUUCAUGUAGUCUUCUCAUUACAACCCAAAAACUAACUUUCAAAUGCACAUCAUCUUUUGGUCUAGUUUUUAUUACCAGCAUCAUUAGUUUCAUUUUAUUUUUUCCACUCAUUUUAUAUUUCCCUGGGUUACAAGAAACUGGAGCAGAUAUGCUUCAAUUGCCUACCUUUUGGAUAUCCCUGGCUACAUCAUUUUUUCUAACAAUUUUUAAAGAUUAUUUUAUAAAGGUAUACAACAAGCAUCAUAAAACUGAUUUAAUCAAUUUGAUUUAUAAAAAAAUUCCGUUACACAAUUACUAUCAUGUGGAACAAGCCUAAAAGCAUGAAGGAUUGUUAGGUCAAUGACAGCAACCGCCGGAAGAGAUCUACAGUACAAUUGUAUAUGUGUAGUUUUUGAAAAAUUUCUCAAAAUGCCUUUUUCUUUAGUAAUUAAAAAAAAAAGUAGAUUUCUAGAAACAGCUAUCUUAAAAGUCAUGUUGUAACAACACUUGACCUAAAAAAGUGAUGUAACGUUGUUAUGUAUUCAUCUUAAGGUAGUUUACCUUUA